CAGUGGGUCAAGUUUGAAUUGAUAUCUGAUAUUGAACCGAUAUGGACAUAAAUAUUAGCGAUUUGAAGACACUUUUUUUCUUCAGAAUUCUUACUCAUACCAAUUGAAAAAAACAUUUAUUAAAAGAAUUCUUAUCAUCAGAGCUAGUUUCCUGUUGUGCCUCCUCGUCUACAGCAUGGGUAAAAAUGGAUUGUACAGCAGUUGUUUUUAUCAGGAACAGCGCCCGAUCACGUCUUUUUUAGUGCCGUUCUUCUCUGCAAUUGAAUUCAAAAAGGAAUUAGAACGUCCGCUGGAAACUAAUAUUGCACGUUCCAGAGCAAAUUCUUUGUAUAAAGAUUAAGUGAGCUCACGUUACAUAAAGAUGGUGAUUCUAUUAAUGCUUUCAGUCAUGCCAAUUAUACUCGCUCAGAUGACGCAUUCCAAUCAUCACGUGCGACCCGAUGUCCAACCAGAUUCCUUGAAUCCCCUCGAACGUUUUCAAACGUCACCAUCUCCUCCUGCAGAAAGUGAUCAUUCUUUACAUCAUGACCAUGAUCAUGACUCUACCCUAAAUUGGGAUCCAUACUAUGCAGAUGAGUAUGCAGAGUACGGAGAAAACACAGAAGCGAUCCAUUCUGAUUAUGAAUUGGCUACUGAAGCUAUUUCCUCUGCUCCAACAUCGGAGGCGUGCAAAGAAAACGAAUUUCAAUGUGAAGAUGGCAGCUGCAUUGAGCGACAAUUUUACUGUGAUUUUUUUCCAGAGUGCCAAGAUGGAUCUGAUGAAAUAGAUUGUGAAGAUGAACAUGAAAGAGACCAUUUGCAUGCAAGUGCUGAUGUUGCAAGUUCUUGGAAAUGGCUAAUUUUCUUGAUUUCUUUUUUAUUGUGUGCGGUUCUGUAAAAUUAACACUGGCAAACUCUUGUGUGUAGAAGAGUUGAAAAGUAAUAUAGACGAAAGCAAUGUGGACGCUACUUUAAAAUGAAAGGAUAUAAACUGUUAAUUAAGUUGCAGUUCUGCAUUCAAGUGCCUCAGCUAAAUGCGGCAUUUCAAAUUACUUUACGAACUAUUAUUUUCAUUUACACCUUACUUCGAAAUUAUUUUACCAGUCAUAUUAUUUUCUAAGACAUAAAAAUGUAAUUGAGGUUUAUGUUGAAUAGAUUGUUUUAUGUGUAAUGGAAAAUGUAAUGAGAUUGCCGGAUUUCUCGGUUUGAAUUUCGUAUACGAAACUAUUAUUGGAAGCAUUAGGAAUAUAAACAAUUUUUAAAAAGGUCCCCAUUUAGUAUACAUUUGAUGAUGAUGCUUAUUCAUAAGUCCUUAUUCAUUUAUUCCAAUCUGAUAUUUAAUGACAUUAUACAUGAUGUUCCAUAACUAUUAUUUUCAAUCUAUAUUUUAUGAAACUUUUUAAAGAAUGCAGCCAAAAAAUCUAUUUCAUAGGGGUUACGAAUUAACAUGUAAGCGAGGAAGAUGCAAUACGAGAAGUUGUUAAAAUUUUAAGCACCAGCCAUGUUGCCGUUAAAAUUUCUAGCAAUCACUAAUAAUUGCUUUUAAACUCUUCUCUGUUUCUUCGGCAAUUAUGCAGGCUUUUGAUAUUUUCUGUCUUCCUCACGGUACAUUGGAAUGAUGAGCUCCCUCUCUAUUAUUCUAAUGUACCGUCUAUUGGGGAUCUACAUAAAUUCAGAGGGCUAAUUUUUAGGAGCAAGAAUAUAAUUGAAUGAAAAUUAGUGCAACAGGUUUUUGCUUUUAUUAAAUUGCAUAAACAUGCUUAUUAUUUUUAAGGCAAAUAUUAAUUCAAAAGAAAUUAAUUAAGCGAUCAGAAGUUUACUAAUCUGUUUUAAUUUUGUUAGUUAACAUACUAGAAUUAUAGGCGUUAAACAAAACACAAAAUUAAAAAAAGGGGGAGUUUUAGUGGUUUGUUACUAGUUUUAACCGACACUUAAAUUUAAAAAGUGCCACCCCAAGAAAAUAUUGAAGCCCAAUUUAUAUAUUUUUUAUUGCAACUAUUAUGAGCUUAAACUUUUCUUGACUGCUUAGAUUUUAAGAAACUUUGACACCAAUUUUCGUAUUUUGGAUUUUAUCAUACCACAUACCAAAGCAUUGAAAAACUUUUUUUACAUAUACAAAACCUUGUGUAUCCAUAUCAUAAAUUAUCAUUAUUCAAUAAAAACAAGUUAAAAAUUAAAAUCUUACAUUUUAAAAUAGACUUUGAGGGUUUCUACAAAAUGAAUGUAUUUUGAGAUCUGUAUAUUUUUAGAAAUUCGCUGUACAUAAAGAUUGCUUACUGUGAAGUAAUUGUUUUAAAUGUGCUUGUGUACUGAGUACAAGGUUCGUAUGAUCCUUAAAAAAAUGGUGGAAAAUUCAGAAAGAAUGUUGUACUAUGUUCAUAAUCACCAUAAAAUGUUUUUAAUUUUUAUAUGAUUAUGGUUAGUUGUGAAGCUUCGACUUAUUUUAAAGUAAAAAUAUUUCAUUUCAAAUUAAAAAGAGCUUCUCUGUUA